AUGAAAAAGGAGAAUGAGAGAGAAAUAGAAGUUCAGUAUUGUAGCAUCACCGACUUAGACCAAGAGCCAAAUAAUAGACCUACUGCUAAGGAAGUAAGUGGAAUAGUAGGAGAGUGGUUUUAUGAUAAUGAUGAAAUCAAAUAUCCUACUUACCACUCCCAAGAAACUUGGCAUAGCAAACCUAUAAAUACCAAACAAAUCACUCAAUUAUUACAAGCUUCUAAGGGCAUGGAAUAUGUAAAUAUCCCCACUGAAACAACAGAAAUCUCAGAACUAGGAGAGCAAUUAAAAGAGACCAAUUUAGAGGAAAAAGGAGAAACCUCCCUCCAAGCCCAAAUAGAAAUUCCUCCCAAAAACAACUAA